CGCCGCGGGGAGGGGCCUGAGCGGGUUUAAAUCCGGGCGCCGCUGCUCCUGGGCCGUGGAGCGAGCGGAGCGACUGCGUGCAGAGCCCGGGGCGCCGUGCGGGCAGGGAGCAGACACAGUGGACCUUGGGUGAGAGUUCUGCACGACCAGCUGGGCACGAUGAACGGCCACGUCUCUUCUCCUCUUGAUGUCCUGGUUACCAACGACACCAAGCCAGCCAUCGUCUCCAAGACCAUGAAGGCCGUGCUGGGAGCUGGCACCCCCUUGGGGCCCUCAGCUGAGGCAGCCUCGUCCACCCAGGCCAGGAGCAUCGCUGGGGUGUAUGUGGAGGCCUCGGGCCAGGCCCAGAGUCUCUACACUGCCAUGAAGCAGGGUCUCCUGCCUGGUGGGCUUGGGCUGGCUCUGCUGGAGGCCCAGGCAGCCACCGGGGGCCUCGUGGACCCUGCCCAGGGCCAGCUGCUCCCUGUAUCUGAGGCCCUGCAGCAGGGCCUGGUGGGCCUGGAGCUGAAGGAGAAGCUGCUGGCUGCUGAGCGUGCGGUCACUGGAUAUCCAGACCCCUAUGGGGGUGGGAGGCUGGCCCUCUUCCAGGCCAUCGGGAAGGAGGUUGUAGACAGGGCACUGGGGUGGAGCUGGCUAGAGGCCCAGCUGGCCACUGGGGGCCUGGUAGACCCCAUCCAGGGCACACGUGUGGCUCCCGAGCUGGCCUGCCAGCAGGGCCUCCUGGACCAGGAGACAUGGCGUGGCCUGUCAGAGCAUGAGCCCGGCUCGGGUGCCCUGGGCUUCCUGGACCCCAACACUCUGGAGAAACUGCCGUACCAUGAGCUGCUGGGCAGGUGUGUGCGGGCCCCCAACACGGGGCUGGCCCUGCUGCCCCUCAAGACCACUUUCUGCACCCUGAGUGGGGCAGUAAGCUUGGCCGAGCUGCUGGAGGCAGGGGUCCUGGACCAGGAGACGGCCCGGGGCCUGCGGGAGGGCAGGCUGGCGGUGCCAGACGUGAGCGCACGCGCUGAGGUGCAGCGCUACCUGCAGGGCACCGGCAGCAUGGUGGGGGUCGUCCUGCUGCCCGCUGGCCUCAAGAAGAGCUUCUUCCAGGCCAUCACUGAGCACCUGCUCCCAAUGGGGGCUGCGCUUCCAUUCCUGGAGGCCCAGGCUGCCACCUGCACGCUGGUGGACCCAGCCUCUGGCCGGCAGCUGUCGGUAGAUGAGGCAGUCAGGGCAGGCCUGGUCGGCCCAGAGCUCCACAGGCAGCUCCUGGUGGCAGAGCAGGCAGUGAUGGGGUACCAUGAUCCCUUUAGUGGCACCCGCAUCCCCCUCUUCCAGGCCAUGAAGAAGGAGCUGGUGGACAGGCCUCUGGCGCUGCGGCUCCUGGAUGCCCAGCUGGCCACAGGUGGGCUAGUGUGUCCGACCCACAGGCUCCGGCUGCCCCUGGAGGCCGCCCUGCGCUUCGGCUGCCUGGACGAAGAGACUCAACAAUGUCUCUCGCAGGCUGCUGGCUUCUUGGACCCCAGCACACAGGAGAGUCUCAGCUACGGGCAGCUGCUGGCCCGCUGUGUCACCGACCCAGAGACGGGGCUGGCCUUCCUGCCCCUCUCAGUGGGAGCCCUCAGAGAGGAGCCCCAGGGACCCCCAUUCAUCGAGCACAGCACGCGACAGGCCUUGAGUGCGGCCACGACCACCGUCUCCACGGGCAAGUUCCAGGGCCGGCUCGUGUCACUCUGGGACCUGCUCUUCUCUGAGGCAGUCCCUGUGGAGCAGAGGGCGACGCUGGCCCAGCAGCACAAGGAAGGGACCCUCUCGGUGGACGAGCUGGCAGCUACACUGAGGGCCACCCUUGAGCAGGCUGCAGCCACUGCCAGAACCACCUUUGCUGGGCUGAGGGUCGCCGUGACACCGGGAGAGCUGCUGAGCGCAGAGAUCAUCGACAAACACGUCUAUGAGCAGCUGGAACGAGGACAGACCACAGCCCAGGAUGUGGGCAGCCUGGACUCGGUGCAGAGGUACUUGCAGGGCACUGGCUGCAUUGCCGGCCUGCUGCUGCCCGACUCCCAGGAGCGGCUCAGUAUCUACGAGGCUCGCAGGAAGGGGCUGCUCAGGCCCGGCACGGCCCUCAUCCUGCUGGAGGCGCAGGCAGCCACCGGCUUCAUCAUCGACCCCAAAGAAAACAAGAGAUACUCCGUGGAAGAGGCACUAAGGGCCGGUGUCAUUGGGCCCGAUGUGUUCACCAAGCUGCUGUCAGCCGAGCGCGCCGUCACCGGCUACACCGACCCCUACACCGGGGAGCAGAUCUCCCUCUUCCAGGCCAUGAAGAAGGACCUCAUCGUGAGGGACCACGGCAUCCGCCUGCUGGAGGCCCAGAUCGCCACGGGCGGCGUCAUCGACCCCGUGCACAGCCACCGCGUGCCCGUGGAGGUGGCCUACCAGCGCGGCUACUUCGACGAGGAGAUGAACCGCGUGCUGGCGGACCCGAGCGACGACACCAAGGGCUUCUUCGACCCCAACACGCACGAGAACCUCACCUACAUGCAGCUGCUGGAGCGCUGCAUGCAUGACCCCGACUCAGGGCUCUUCCUGCUGCCGCUCAGCAGCACAAAGCCCCAACUGGUGGACGGCGCCACCCGGCAGGCCUUCCAGAGCCUGUUGCUGUCAGUGAAGUAUGGGCGGUUCCAGGGGCAGAGGGUCUCUGCGUGGGAGCUGAUCAACUCGGAAUGCUUCAGUGAGGACCGGAGGAGGCAGCUCCUGCAAGACUACCGGCUGCGCAAGGUCUCACUGGAGCAGGUUGCACAGCUGCUGGAGAGAGAGAUGGGGAGGUGGGCGGACAUCACCCUGCCUGCGCUGCGGGGCCGGGUUACCGCCUACCAGCUCCUGGAGGCCCACAUCAUUGACCAAGAGCUCCUGGACCGGGUGCUAGUGGGGGCAGUCAGCCCCGAGGAUCUCCUCCACAUGGACGGUGUCCACAGGUACUUGCGUGGCUCCGGCUCCGUGGGCGGCGUGCUGUUACAGCCCUCCAACCAGCGGCUCGGUCUCUACCAGGCCAUGCAGCAGAAACUGCUGGGGCCAGGAGUGGCCCUGGCCCUGCUGGAGGCCCAGGCAGCCACUGGAGCCAUUAUUGACCCCCACAGUCUGGAGACCCUGUCGGUGGAUGAGGCCGUGCGCAGGGAGCUGGUGGGGCCAGAGCUGUAUGGCAGGCUGAGACAGGCCGAGGAUGCCGUCACCGGCUUCAGAGACCCCUUCUCUGGGAAGCGAGUGUCCCUGUUCCAGGCCAUGAAGAAGGGCCUUGUCCCUGUGGAGCAGGCUACCCGCUUCCUGGAGGCCCAGGUGGCCACAGGAGGAGUGAUUGACCCCACUGGCCACUACCACCUCCCCAUGUCCGUGGCCACCCAGCGUGGCUGCAUCGACCAGGACAUGGAGAUGGCCUUGUCCAGCUCCUCUGAGACCUUCCCCACGCCAGACGGCCGGGGACACACCAGCUACGCUGGGCUUCUGGAGCAGUGUCUGAGGGACGAGGCCUCUGGCCUUCGCCUCCUGCCCCUGCCAGAAAGUGCUCCCACUGUUCCCACAGACGAGCAGAUGCGGGAGACCCUGCAGGCCACAGAGGGGGCUAAAGAUGGCACGUCCCUCUGGGAGCUGCUGGACUCUUGCCACUUCACCGAGGAGCAGCGGAGGGGCUUUUUGGAGGACUUUAGGGUGGGGAAGACCACCUUGCAGCAGCUGCAGGCAGCCGUGAGGAGGUGGGUGCAGGAGGCAGAGCUCCUGGCGCAGGCCCGCGUCACGCUGCCUGGCCCUCGGGGCGAGAUCCCUGCUGUCUGGCUGCUGGAUGCUGGCGUCAUCACCCAGGAGGCCCUGUUGGCACUGGCUCAGGGUGCACGGUCACCUGCUGAGGUCGCUGAGCAGCCUGAGGUGAAGGCCUGCCUGUGGGGCACGGGCUGUGUGGCGGGCGUCCUACUGCAGCCCUCAGGUGCCAAGGCAAGCAUCGCCCAGGCCAUGAGGGACGGCCUCCUGCCUGUGGGCCUGGGGCGGAGACUGCUGGAGGCCCAGGUGGCGUCUGGCUCCCUUGUGGACCCUCUGACCAACCAGAGACUGUCAGUGGAAGGUGCAGUCCAGGCUGGCCUGGUGGAUGGGGCACUGGGUGAGCAGCUGCGGCAGGCUGAGGCAGCAGUGGCUGGGUACACGGACCCCUACUCGGGGGGCACCCUCUCACUGUGGCAGGCCAUGGAGAAGGGGCUCAUGCCCCAGAGUGAGGGCUUCCCCCUUCUGCAGGCGCAGCUGGCCACAGGGGGUGUGGUGGACCCCGUCCACGGGGUGCACCUGCCCCAGGUGGCAGCCUGCAGACUUGGCCUCCUGGACGAGCCGACAUGCCAGGCGCUGACCACGACAGACGAGGACAGCAAGUUCUUCUUCGACCCAAGCACGCGGGACAGGGUGUCAUACCAGCAGCUCAAGGAGCGCUGUGUCCUGGAUGCCGACACCGGCCUGUGGCUGCUGCCACUUCCCGAGGACGUGGCGCUCGAGGUGGACAACCACACAGCGGUGGCCCUGAGGGCCAUGAAGGUGCCCGUCAGCACGGGAAGGUUCAAGGGCCUCAGCGUGUCGCUCUGGGACCUGCUGCACUCAGAGUACGUCAGCAUCCAAAAACGGCGGGAGCUGGCAGUGCUCUGCCAGUCUGGGAGGGCCACAGCCCUGCAGCAGGUGGUCAGCGCGGUCACUGCCCUGGUUGAGGCCUCAGAAAGGCAGCCUUCAAGGGCUGCCUUCAGAGGUCUCCGGAAGCAGGUGUCGGCCAGCGACCUGUUCAGGUCCCAGCUGAUCGACAAGAAGACACUGGACGAGCUGAAUCAGGGGAGGAAGACUGUGCAAGAGGUGACAGAGAUGGACAGCGUGAGGCAGUUCUUGGAAGGAGGCAACUUCAUCGCCGGGGUCCUUGUCCAGGGCACAAAGGAAAGGAUGAGCAUCUCGGAGGCCCUGAGGAGGCACGUCCUGCGGCCGGGCACAGCCCUGGUACUGCUGGAGGCCCAGGCGGCCACUGGCUUCCUCAUUGACCCCGUGGAAAACCAGAAGCUGACCGUGGAGGAGGCCUUUGCAGCCGGGAUGUUUGGCCGGGAAACCUACCAGAAGCUGCUGUCGGCCGAGCGCGCCAGUUCUGAGCAGGUGAGUGACACUUUCACAGGAUCGCCUAGUGCUGGGUAG